GAUCCAGUAAUAGGAACCCACCAGAGAGAUGUCCCCGUCCUCUGUAUUCCCGGGAUUCCACACAGGAAGGUCUCACCAUCUCACAUAAGCUUAAAAAAGAGAUAAAAAAUGAGAAUGGUGGGUUUGAUGGGAAGGAGAGGUUUUCAGGACACAAAGCCCCCUUCAAGGGUAUUGUGAUGGAGCCAUUUAGCGACCCAAACCUACCAGAGAGAUGUUCCCGUCCUCUGUAUUCCCGAAUUUCCACACAGGAAGAUCACACCAUCCCCCACCAUCAUCAGGAUAAAGUACGGAUUCAUAUAAAAGUUAAGGUUAAAGAGGAAGAAGAAGAGUCGUAUGUGGAGGAUGAACAACCGUCCAUGGAGGACAUUGAGAUAAUUAUGAAAAGUGAAGACGAUGAAGUUCCUCUACCUAUUGACACAGAUUGCUUUCCAACAGAUGGAUGUGAUGCGGGGAGUUCUGCGGAGAGACACCUUCUAUUAUCUGAUGAUCAGAGCUCAGAAGAUAAUGUCAUCACACAGGAUCCUCCAGGAGUAAAUCCAAUCACACAAAACAGACCUUCCUGUUGGGAGCCAUCAAUGGAUUGGGGGGAAUCUUCUAAUAAAUCACGUAAUAUAAGUGGAAAUAUCCAUUUGAGAUCUGACACAGCAGACCAAUCUAAUCUUGAAGAUGCGAAUCUAUUCUUAUGUUCGGUUUGUGGGAAAUCUUUCACAGAAAACAAAAACCUUCUUGAACACCAGAGCACUCACAUGGGUGAGGGACCUUUCCCUUGUUCAGUGUGUGGCAAAUACUUUAUGAAAAAAGAAACGCUUCUUAUACACCAGAGAAUACACACAGGUGAAGAUCCUUAUUCAUGUACAGAGUGCGGGAAAUCGUUCCCUCAUAAAGGAGCACUUUUUGAACACCAUAAAAGUCACAUAGGUGAGCGUCCGUUUUCCUGCGCAGAGUGCGGGAAAUGUUUUACACAGAAAGUCACCCUUCUUAUACACCAGAGAAGUCACACGGGGGAGCGUCCCUUUUCCUGUUCAGACUGCGGAAAAAGUUUUUCCGAGAAAGGAAAACUCCUUAUACACAAGAGAAGUCACACCGGUGAGCGUCCCUAUCUAUGUUCAGAGUGCGGGAAGUGCUUCACUCGGAAAGGAGACCUUGUUAAACACCUGAGAAUUCACACCGGCGAGCGUCCUUAUUCGUGUUCAGAAUGUGAGAAGUCUUUCAGUCAUAAAGGAGACCUUGUAAAACACCAGAGAAUUCACACGGGUGAGCGUCCUUAUUUGUGUUUAGAGUGCGGGAAAUCUUUCACUCAGAAAGGAAACCUUGUUAUGCACCAGAAAAGACACACCACGGAGCCUCCUCACAGUGCGGGAAAUGUUUUACAUGUAAAAGAAGUCUAAUUAGACAUCGGAGAGAACACACCGGGUCGAACAGUUUAGUUCAUGGGGAAUCUGUAGGAUAACAUUUUUUUUUAUAUAAAGUGUUACAUUCUGGCAAAAGUCAUGGGAAAGAAGAAAGGAGCACCCGGUGUCCAAAGAAAUGCAAGUUUGAAGGUACGUUAAAAAGCGUUUAUCAAAAGCACAUCAAGCCGAAACGUGUUGGUCUUUCUUAAAGUGGAUGUAAACCCGAAUUUUUUUAUUUAUUUUUUGUUGUCACAACGUAGAGCACAAGAUUUCC